UUGUUCUCCAUGGAGAUGAAUUAAUUACUAAAAAAUUGACGAGACAAGUGUAUUUUCAUCUUUUAAAUUGCAGAUAAAGUAUCAAAAUGGAUGAAGCGAAAUUUUUGAAACGAAAGGUGAGAUCUGGUACUUUGGAUGUGCAUCCAACAGAAAAAGCUUUGGUAGUUAAUUAUGAUGUGGAGGCAUUAAUUUUGGGUGAAUUGGGAGAUCCUAUGUUGGGUGAUCGUAAAGAAUGUCAAAAGAUAAUUCGGUUGAAGAGUUUGAAUGCAAAUACCAAUGUAUCACUUCUAGCCAAAGAAGUGAUAGAAAAAUGUUCUCUAAUUCAUGAAUCAAAGCAAAGAGAAGUUGAACAGUUGAUUUAUUAUCUUCAGAAUCGAAAAACAAAUGAUACUUCUACAAGUGUUGAUAACAAUUCUCAACCCUCAAGACCAGCAUCUUCAAAUUCAGUAUCUACAGAUAACGGGGAAAUAGAACGUGCUAUCAUCAGUAAUGUUGAUAGUUACAUUGAAUUAUUAUACGAAGAGAUACCAGGAAAAAUCAAAGGGUCGUCAUUGAUUUUACAAUUGGCAAGAAUACCUGAUAAUCUCCAUGAAUUAACCAAAAAUGAAUCUCUCUUAAGUGCUUUAGCCAGAGUUCUGAGGGAGGAUUGGAGGCGUAGUAUAGAACUAUCUACAAAUAUUGUCUAUAUUUUCUUCUGUUUUUCAACAUACAGUCAGUUUCAUAAUAUUGUCCUUGAAUACAGAAUUGGAUCAUUGUGUAUGGAUAUAAUAGAUUUUGAAUUACAUCGAUAUGAUCAAUGGAAAGAAGAUAUGGAGAAACGUAGACGCCACUUUGAAAAUACCACUGGUUUGACAUUUUUUUCUAGUACGAACGAUAAUUGCGACAAGAAGACUAAAAUUAUUGAUGAUAUCUGGAAUACUGAUGGUCCACUAGAUUACGAAAUUAAAAAACGAUCUAAUGAAAUUUCUGUAACUGAGAGUGAUAUCAAGAAAUUAAAAGAAGAGCUCGAAAAGAGUCGUAAAAAAUUCAAAAGUUUAAUAAAGAAACAAGAGCAAUUAUUGCGAGUGGCAUUUUAUUUAUUAUUAAAUAUUGCCGAAAAUAUGGAAGUUGAAAGAAAAAUGCGCAAGAAGAAUGUAAUAGGUAUGCUGAUCAAGACAUUGGAUAGGACAAACAUUGACUUACUAAUACUAGUAAUUGCAUUUUUGAAAAAGUUAUCUAUAUUUCGAGAGAAUAAAGAUCUUAUGGCUGAGGGGAAUAUUAUUGAAAAAGUACCAAGACUUCUACAGCACAACAAUACAGAUUUGGUACAGAGUACUCUAAAAUUAUUGUUUAAUCUCUCAUUUGAUGCAAAACUUAAGGCAAGAAUGAUAAGGGUUGGCUUAUUGCCAAAGUUAAUUAAACUACUUGGUCAAAGUGAUAUUAAAAAUAAAACAAUAAUUUUGGGAUUAUUAUAUCAUGCCAGUAUGGAUGAUAAAGUGAAAGCUAUGUUCACAAAUACAGAAUGCAUUCAAAUGGUAACAAAUAUGAUUUUAAAUUCUGAAGAUGAACAACCAAAAUUAGAAUUAGUAGCUCUUGGUAUAAAUUUAGCUAUUAACAGCAAAAAUGCCCAACUUAUGGUAGAAAAUAAUCGUCUGCAAGGUCUCAUAAAAAAAGCAUUCAGAAAUCAAGAUCCUCUUAUAAUGAAAAUGAUACGAAAUAUUUCUCAGCAUGAUUCCACUAAGGAAAGCUUUGUUGAAUUUGUGGGUGAUUUUGCCAUUGCCUUGACACAAUCAGAUUCACAAGACUUUGUCCUGGAAGUUAUAGGUGUAUUAGGCAAUUUAGAGUUACCUGACUUGGAUUACUCACAAAUACUUCAUAGAUGUGAUUUGAUACCAUGGAUUCGCAAUAAUCUUGUUCCAGGAAAAGCGCCGGACGAUUUAGUCCUAGAGAUUGUUAUAUUUUUGGGUACAGCAGCGUAUGAUGAAGAUUGUGCGCGUUUAUUAUGUAAAGCUGACAUAUUGCUUUCUCUCAUUGAACUUCUUAAAGCUAAACAAGAAGACGAUGAAAUGGUUUUACAAAUAAUAUAUGUAUUUUAUCAAAUAUCCAAACAUGAUUCGACAAGGGACUAUUUAAUACGCGAGACUGGUAACGAAGCACCUGGGUAUUUAAUAGAUCUGAUGCACGAUAAAAAUCCAGCAAUUAGGAAAGUAUGUGAUGCGUGUUUGGAUGUUAUUGCUAUGUGUGAUAAAAAUUGGGCAGCUCGUAUAAAAGUGGAAAAGUUCAGGUCACACAAUCAGCAAUGGUUAGAAAUGGUCGAAUCUAUAACAAAUGAUACUGCUAAUCAUUUGUUACCCGAAGAAGAUGAGAGCCUGUCACCAUUUAUGAAUGGCGAUCUUUUAAAACAUACAAUGUUAUUUCCUUCUGGUAAUGUAGCAUCGUUUAAUGCAGAUGACAGAUUUUCAAUUAUGAAAAAUUCGUCAGAAUCAUCUGAAAAUCAAAGUCGUCCAGUUAGCAGGUACAAAGAUUUUGAUGAAUUAGGUGAACUUAUGGCGCGUUCUAAAUCUCGUAUGUCUGUUGGUUCCGGGAUCGAAGAUCUUUAUUAUAAUUCUAAAGUUAAAUUUACCGAAUCAGACAGUUCGCAUGUGUUGAUAUGAAAAGUAAAUC